AUGGCUAAAAUAAAAAGUUGGGAAACCAUCGAACAGAACGGAUUCAUUUACGUGUGGCAUCAUGCAGACAGCAAACCUCCUCUGUGGAAACCUCCAGUUAUACCAGAAAUAGAAAACCGACUAAUGGCGUACAUAGGUCGUAGUGAACACGUUAUAAACUGCCACAUUCAGGAAAUGAUGGAAAAUCCAGCAGAUUACGCUCAUCUGGAAUGCCUUCACAAAUUUGGAUUGUCGUCCAAAAUUACUCAUCAUCCAGAAAAUUGGCAGAGAUUUAUUCAGCUCAUAGCCAACAUAUCCCCCACUCCGGUAUGUGAAGAAAAUUUUCACUGUGCUAAAUAUGAAGGCGUUAUGGCUGUUAAAUUAUUCGGAAUAUUUUUAGUAAGAUAUGUAAUUAUUGAACCUGUUGAGAAAGUAUUUGGAAUUAAAUUAGACAACGGCACGUGGAAUGGCGUGAUUGGAAGAAUACAAAAAGAAGAAGCUGAUGUUAGUGUAAACUCGAUCUAUGCGACUUACGAAAGAUUUCAAGUAGUGAAAUUUACAGCUUCUGUUGGUACUACCAAAAUUUUAUUUGUUGUUUCUGGACCCAAACAACUGUCAAAACUAACGACGAUAAUCAGGCCAUUUUCAUUUGAA